AUGAAGCUUCUUCUUGUUAUUGCUCUCAAUUUGCUUUUGCUGUUUGUACACCAAAAUCAGCCAUGUCCCAUUUGUGUUGGUGCCACACCUGACCCACUUGUUUCCUCCCUAUCAGCUCCGCUUUCCUCACCCAUUUCUCCAAUUGCUUCAUCAAUGGCUUCCUUCUCACCAGAAAUUCAAGAAGGAAGUGAAGGGCAUCAAAUGGAGCCACAUAGGAAAAUGCUAAUUGCUCUCAUUGUCACCUGCACUGCACUUGGUGUAGUUUUGUUGUCACUGUUGUGCUUGUGGGUUUAUCACAAGAAGUGUCCACACGAGUCCCACAAGAAAAGUGCUCAGAGCUCAGAUGCUGAGAAGGGGCUUGCAUUGGGUCCAUUUAUGGGUAAAUUCAAUUCCAUAAGGAUGGUUUCUAAGAAAGGAUCUGUUUCAGUAAUUGAAUAUAAAGUACUCGAAAAAGGCACCAACAAUUUCCGGGACAGCAACAUUAUUGGUGAGGGUGGAUUUGGAUGUGUUUAUAAGGCUCGGUUGGAUGAUAAUUUGCUUGUUGCAGUCAAGAAACUAGACUGUGCAAGUCAGGAUGCUGAGAGAGAAUUUGAGAAUGAGGUGGAGUUGUUGCAUAAAAUUCAGCAUCCAAAUAUAAUUUCCUUUUUGGGUUGUAGUACUGAUGGUGACACAAGGUUCAUUGUUUAUGAGUUGAUGCAUAAUGGAUCUCUGGAAACUCAAUUGCAUGGACCGUCUCAUGGUUCAGCACUAACAUGGCAUAUGCGAAUGAAAAUUGCUCUUGAUGCAGCAAGAGGAUUAGAACAUCUGCAUGAGUACUGCAACCCUCCAGUGAUCCAUAGAGAUCUGAAAACAUCUAAUAUUCUUUUAGAUGCCAACUUCAAUGCCAAGCUUUCUGAUUUUGGUCUUGCUGUGGCUGAUGGGGCCAAAAACAGUAAUAACAUCAAGCUCUCUGGCACCUUGGGUUAUGUUGCUCCAGAGUAUCUUUUAGAUGGUAAAUUGACAGACAAGAGUGAUGUCUAUGCUUUUGGGAUUGUGCUUCUGGAGCUAAUACUAGGAAGAAGGCCUGUAGAAAAACUGGCACCAACUCAGUGCCAAUCUAUAGUCACAUGGGCCAUGCCUCAGCUCACUGACAGAUCAAAGCUUCCAAACAUUGUGGAUCCUGUGAUCAAAGAUACAAUGGAUCUGAAGCACUUAUACCAGGUUGCUGCAGUAGCUGUGUUAUGUGUGCAACCAGAACCAAGUUACCGCCCACUGAUAACCGAUGUUUUGCAUUCCCUUGUCCCGCUUGUUCCUGUCGAACUUGGUGGGACGCUAAGAGUUACACAACCUACAGCUCCAGGGAGCCCCCCAGCUGGUCAUUGA